CUGCCCCGUCCAAUGGGAACAAGCGGGUUGUUUCAGCUGUUCGAAACAGCUGGAAUCCGGAGAGAGAAGGGAGACGGGUGCGCGGUGCAGCUCUCCUCAGAACCGAACCGAACCGAACCGGGCUGCUGCGUCUCGACCUGGAGGGAAACCCUCCCUGCCGUCAGUGACGCGCUUUUCAGGACCGAAACCCCGUGUUGACGUUUCCAGCUUGCUGUGUCCCGCCUGCCUCUCCGUGAUGUCACUUUCUGUGGUGCCUGCGCUGCUGUGGUUGGCUGCGCUGUGCUCUCUGCUGCCCCCUGCAGUCACAGCCAAGCGCCAGCCCUGCGAGACCUGCCGUCUCCUCACCGACAGCUUCAACAAGGGUAUCCAGAGGACGUCCAAGAAGAAUUUUGGGGGCGGGAACACAGCCUGGGAGGAGGAGAAACUGGCCAAAUACGAGAAGAGUGAGACCCGGUUAGUGGAGAUCGUGGAGGGCGUGUGUGAGAGCUCUGACUUCGACUGCAACCGGCUGCUGGAAAAUGUAGAGGAGCACAUGGAGACCUGGUGGUUUAAGAGGCAGCAGGAGGCGCCAGACCUCUUCCAGUGGCUCUGCAUCGAAACCAUCCAGGUGUGCUGCCCCCCCGAUACCUUCGGAGCAGACUGCACAGCCUGUCCUGGUCAGCCUGGUUCUGUGUGUGGGGGUCUGGGUCGCUGUGAUGGAGAGGGCACGCGCACGGGCUCUGGGCAGUGUGUCUGUGACCCCGGGUACCAGGGCAGUCUGUGCCAGGACUGCGCAGACGGGUACUUCAAAGAGGCCAGGGACAACCAGCGCCAGCUCCAAGGACAGCCUUCGCAACAGGCAGUAUGCACAGCAUGCUUCCACUCGUGUAAGAGGUGCACCGGUCCCGAGGACUACAAUUGUGAGCAGUGCAAGGCAGGCUGGAUCCUGCACGACAACAAGUGUAUCGAUGUUGACGAGUGUGGCUCGGAGCUCGAGCGCUGCCCCAGCAACACCUUUUGCUUCAACACGGACGGCUCCUACGAGUGCAGAGGCUGUGACAAGGCGUGUGUCGGCUGCAUGGGGGGAGGUCCCAGCCGCUGUAAGAAAUGCUCCUUGGGGUACAAGAUGAUUGGGGCCAAGUGUCUAGAUAUCGACGAGUGCAAUCUGGGGGGUCUCAGCCCCUGCCCAGGUCUCAAUGAGGAGUGUCUGAACGAGGAGGGAGGGUUCCGCUGCAUCUGUGCAGAUGGCUUCGUGCGCAAAGAGAAGAUCUGUGUGGAGAACAUGCCGCCCUUGACCCCUGAGAAAGGUCUGUUUGAGGAUAUCACGGACGACGAGGUGCUGGUGCUGCAGCAGAUGUUCUUCGGGGUUGUGAUCUGCGCACUGGCCACGCUGGCGGCCAAGGGGGACAUGGUGUUCACCGCCAUCUUCAUCGGGGGCCUGGCAGCCAUGGCGGGGUACUGGCUGAGCGAGAAGGGGGACAGGCUGCUCGAGGGGUUCCUGAAGGGGCGCUAGAGCAGAGAGACAGGGGCACGGAGGAGACACAGGGGAAAGACACUGCUGAGAUCAGGCUGUUUAAACAAGCAGCAGUCUCGUCCUACAGACAGACUGGCAGACACAGAACAGACACACGGACAUCAAUGCAUCUCUUGCAGGAAUGCUGUUCUGUCGGACAGACACAGACAGUCGGACGGACGGAUAUCUAUGCAUGUUGUUUUCUGGAGUGCCCUGUUGCUGAGGGGAGAGACGGACUGAGAGACAGACAGACAGACAGGCGAGCUACAAUCGCUGCUCACAGAAGACUCAAGUGUUGUUCUGAGCAGGUCUGCCUGCUUUUUCCUGGACUCCAUCCAUUCAGUUGUGCCCCCCUCCCCCAGGAAUAAUGGCCCAGACGUCGCUUCCUGGGAACCCCCAGUAUAUUCCUGUUUGUUUUUGUGUGGACAGAGCUCCCUCUCUCUGUCACUGUCUGACUUUACACAUCACCAAGCUGUGAAAUAUCGAGGACGGUGAAUCAGUGAAGGACCGUCAUGCAGGAAAAUUGUCAGACUUGAACAAUUCACUGUUAACUAGAUUUGGCAAAAUCGUCAAAAUGUAAAGUAGCCAAAAUACCUGAGUACAUGUAACCAGUUCUAGAAGAGUUUUUGGAACGUUUCUCAGACAGAUUAGUUUUUGGUAUUUAUUUAAGAAAAAUUAUUUCCAGUGUAAGCUGCUUCAGGUGUCAUGUUAAUUGCUUUUUAAUUUAUUUAAAUCGCUUUAUUUAUUUAUUUAUUGCUCCCGAUGUUGAAUUGUCUAAAUCUGCCUUUUUACACGGCUGUUAAAAUUGCUCUGAGUUUGCCUGUAGAAUCCAGUACCUGUUAAAAUAAUGGGUGUGAGUUCCUAGAGACUGCAAAGGAUGGGCUGCCAUUCGUACGGAGCUCCACUGAAGUCCGCAAUAAGAAGUCCUGUAUGUUGUUAUGUCCAGUCAGCCCUGUCUCUUAUAUCAUUAAUUUAUACAGUUGACCCUGCCUCUUAUAUCAGUUCAUAUGAACAGUCAGCCUUGUUUGUUGUAGAAGUUAAUAUCCUGGGUUUUUUAAAGAAUUUUGAUGAGUCAGCAGUACCGUACCACUGCACGAGACGAUAAGACUGGAAUGUUGAAAUGUGAUGUUUUGAUUGGCAGAAGGCAGCUCCGCAACUAGAGGAUUCAUUACAGGAUAACUACAGCACGCGGGUUAGUUGUUGGGGUGUCUCUCCUGUGUGAAAUACUAUUAGAAUCGUUAUUUUAAAGAUGUUAAAUGUUAUAUCAGUACUGUACGAAUUGCACUGCUUUCAAUUAAUAAAAAAAAAUAAAGAAAAA